GUUGACUUGAUAGUGUAGGUCACCCCAAGCUAGCUCUGUUCGUCAUCCUCUCGCGCUGCGGCAAUGCUGCCCCGAUCCUCAGUUUUAGAUGCAACAUUUGCUAACUGUCGAGCUCCACCUUUGUUCAUAAUCACUCCCUGGUUUGAUCCUGCAACAUCAAGUUGACUGAGCUCCAUCAAGGCCCGACCUGCAACGCGUGUUUGCCUUCUAGCUUCCCCUAUCCUAGAUUCCUGGUGUCCCAAGUUCGAGUUGAAACCAGAUAUGAAGUUUUGGGGGCCGUUGAAUGAUAGUGUUCCACAGUUCUAGUUGAAGCUCAGCGCGUCCGUGGUCAAGGAGGCAGCAACCUAUGGCGCAUCCCUGCUUUGCAGUUCUUGAUGGUUGUCAGCUUGCCUUCAAAGUAAAUGCAAACUCGGUUUAUGGUUUUGCUGGAGCGACUGUUGGUCAGUUACCUUGUUUAGAGAUUUCAAGUGUGACCUAUGGUUGACAGAUGAUUGAACACACAAAAAAGCUUGUUGAAGAUAAGUUCACAACACUAGAAGGCUAUGAGCAUAAUGCAGAGGCUUUCCAGCUUCUGGGAUGCAUCAUAGCGCCAGUAACUAUGUACUGACAAGAAGAUGAUUGCUGCCUAGGUGUGAUGAACUGCGCGCUGCUCAUGUACAAGGAGGCUAACAUUCAUGUAGGAGAUGAGGCCAGCAAUUCCAGUGACAAAAUUGAUAAAACUAGCUCUGCACGGAAUAUCCUUGCUCCAUCUGAGAAUGACCUGACAACAACACUCAAUCUCCUUGCUUCGUCUGAGAAUCACCUGAAAAAAAUAGUGAAUAUCCUUGCUUUGUCUGAUAAUCGCCUGGAAACAAUAGUGAGUAAGCUUGAAUGGAUGGAUACUAAACGGGACUCUACCACUGCACCUGCGGAGGUGGCCAAUAGUCCGAUAAAUAAUGCUGAUGCAAACAAGAAGAAGGGUCUACUGAGUUUCGUCUACGCUCUCGCGGGGACUCUGUUUUUGUUCCAUUCAUCUCUCGUCGUUUUCUCGGUGUCAUACCCUGGUACCCAAAAGGCACUAGUGAGCUUUGACGAGACUAAGACAAAAGCCAUUUGCUUCGUAAAUUUUGCAUCAUGGUUAGGCGGCGGCAUUCUUAUGUUACCUUUCGCUUCACACUUCAAGGACGGCGAGUCAAUUGACCAUGCUGGAUUUGAUAUCUUCAUAUGUGGGCUGUUUCUUUGGUUGUUACUCUUCAUUGCAGAAUAUUGUGCUACACUGCAUGUUUUUCUAGAUAUCCCCAUUUGGGCUGUAUGCCCCUUUGGAAUUGCAUUCUUCCUCUUCGCAGUGCUCCCUUCGGUUGGUUACAUUGAGCUCCAGCGGCCAACGCUUGUGAGUAAAUGGGCAAAGGAUAUGUGGGAGAAAAUAAUGGGCCGUGGUCUGAGGCACGAAGCCCUUCCUGGGCCACAGGUUUAGACAGGGCCAACCCGUAAAGGCAUAUACCGUGCGAAUCUCUCGUGUACCGGGCAUUGCACAAUCGAAGUGAGAUGAGGAGCUUAUAGUUUGCUUGAGGAAACUUUUUUUAAUAAUGAAAUAAAACUCCUGCCUUUGCACUGGACGGUGCACACAGCCUUUGCUUGAGGGAGCUUGGGAGCUUAUAGUUAAGACCUUUUUUCCCCAUGAGAUGAACGAAGUUGCAUAGCACUUUAUUUCAACUUAUUAUAGUUAUACACUCAUGUACUGUGGAGUGCUUGCUUUACGACCAAUAAAGAAAAACUACUGAUCGAGUCAA